UAUCAAGUAGAGAAUCAUGUACCUCAAAAAUAAUACUACUCCAUUGAGGAAAUAUGGCAACCUAUUCAUUAUGUGCAAGGAAAUUACUUGUAGUCUACUACUUGUUCAUUAUCUCUUCUUGUUGCAAGAUUAGUUUUUCACAUGGAAGAAAUAUCAACGCUAGUUUCAGAGUUAAAGCUGUUAAUCUUGGAGGCUGGCUUUUUACUGAAGGAUGGAUUAAACCUUCUCUUUUUGAUGGCAUCCCCAACAAAGAUUUUCUGGAUGGAACAGGAUUGCAAUUCAAAUCAGUAACUGUGGGGAAAUAUUUGUGUGCUGAGUUAGGAGGAGGAAAUAUUAUUGUUGCUAACAGAACAGCUGCUUCUGGAUGGGAAACAUUCAAAAUUUGGAGGAUAAACAGCACAACUUUUAACUUUAGGGUAUUUAACAAAGAAUUUGUGGGAAUUGAUGGAAGUGGAAAUGUGGUAGCAGUGGAAAACAAACCUGGCCUUUCAGAGACUUUCGAGAUUGUGAGAAAUUCAGAUGAUCCAAGCCGUGUUAGGAUAAAAUCAACAAAUGGUUUCUUCCUGCAGGUAAAAACAGAGGAGCUUGUAACAGCUGAUCAUAAUGGAGGAAAUGGAGGAUGGGGUGAUGAUGAUCCCUCUGUUUUCAUCAUGAAAACUAGUGGAAAGCUUGAAGGAGAAUUUCAAAUAACUAAUGGCUAUGGUCCAAUCAUGGCACCACAAGUUAUGAGGGAACACUGGAACACAUUUAUAGUAGAAGAAGAUUUCAGUUUCAUAAAAAGCAAUGGACUGAAUGCAGUGAGAAUUCCAGUUGGAUGGUGGAUUGCUAGUGACCCAACACCCCCAAAGCCCUAUGUUGGAGGCUCAUUGCAAGCCUUAGACAAUGCCUUUCUCUGGGCCAGGAAGUAUGGACUUAAAGUAAUAAUAGAUCUGCAUGCUGCACCUGGUUCUCAAAAUCCUUGGGAGCACAGUUCCAACAGAGAUGGUACUAUAGAGUGGGGAAAAACUGAUGAAACCAUUCAACAAACAGUUGAAGUAAUUGAUUUCCUAACUGCCAGGUAUGCCAAGAAUCCAAGCCUAUAUGCAGUGGAAUUAAUCAAUGAGCCACUAGCUCCUGAAGUUACAUUAGACAUGGUCAAAAAAUACUAUCAAGCAGGAUAUAAUGCAGUCCGUAAACAUUCUUCGACAGCAUAUGUGGUUAUGUCCAACAGAUUAGGAUCUGCAGAUUCAACUGAACUUUUGACAUUUGCCAGUGGCUUAAAGGGAUCUGUAAUUGAUGUUCAUUACUACAACCUUUUCUCUAGCAUGUUUGACAACAUGUCUGUCCAGCAAAAUCUUGAUUUUGUCAACACUAACCGUUCUGCUGAGCUCAAUACUGUUACCCAAUCUAAUGGUCCUCUCACUUUUGUUGGGGAAUGGGUUGCUGAAUGGCAAAUUAGAGACGCAACAAAGGAGGAUUACCAAAAAUUUGCCAAGGCUCAAUUGGAAGUGUUCGGACGUGCAACAUUUGGUUGGGCUUAUUGGACAUUAAAAAAUGUUAACAACCAUUGGAGUAUGGAGUGGAUGAUCAAGAAUGGCUACAUCAAGCUUUAAUAUUUAUAGAUUAUUGCCUUAUUAAUAAUCACAUUGGGUCAACCCAAUUUUCUCAAUGUCAAAGCCAUUAUAUUUGGAUAGUAGUUAAUAUAAGGUACUUUAGAAAGAUGUUAUUAAUCAUAAAUUUUGAGGAAACACCUCAAAAAAUCAACUCG